AUGUCCGGGCGGUGGCGGCUCGGCGCCAGUGGCGACUGCUUCGUCACCGGGAGCUUCGACCAGACGGCCCGGGGGUGGGAGGCGGCGUCUGGCGCAGACUUCUGCGUCGCGAGGGGCCGCGGCGGCCCCGUCGUGGCGGUUGCGGCCCUCGGCGCCGGUGGCGACCGCUUCGUCACCGGGAGCUGGGACGGGACGGUGCGGAUCUGGGACGCUGCCACGGGGGUGCUGAUCUUCAACGUCUCCAAGCACGGCGCUCUGGACUCUGGAUUUGUAUGGGCAUCGUCGAGGCUGCCGCGGGCCUCUCGCAAGCGGUCGGGCUCGCUUUUGACGAUGCCGUCAAGUGGAAUCGCAAGGCCAUCGCCCCGAUCGCCGCUUCCGUUGAAAGAAGCCUGCUUGAUUUCACCCCCCUAUGGUGUUUCACCGGAGCUUCAAUUUUACCCAGCGUGUUGCGCUUUGUCAGCAGCGUUCGCGUAUGUUCUUUUGGCAAAAUAUCGCAAGCUAGUAUUCGUAGUGAAGAUUUGUAGUGGGGCUUAUGUGUGGCCCCACUGGUCGAGCAGUUGGCUUCGGUGGUGA